ACGAUUAAAAAUAUGUAGCCCGGAAGUAAAUAACAAAAUACGGAGACGCGACAAUGGUCGACUGACGCUGGAGUAAGUUUAGAUCUUUUGAUCGAAUGAACUGACUCUGAUCAUAAGAUUUACAACUUGACAACAGUGACUUUAUCUGUCGGAUAAUCCACUUGUGCUGCCUGCGAGAUUUAUGUGUAACAAUGUGAUCUGCGAAGUCUAAUGAGAACGAAUUGGAAUAGUAGUCUCUGGUUCUGAAACCUACCAUGGCUGGACCAGGUGAAGAGCGAGUUGCUAAGUACCUUACGAUUGAAGCUCUUGACUUCCUCAGUGAACGUCUGUUAGAUGGUACAGGACUGGUAAACUGGAGGCAGUUGGCUGGACAGUUAGGAUACACAACUUUAGAUCUAAGUAAAUUCACGACCGAAGGGCUGAGAGAUGGCCAAUCAGCACCCAAGGCUCUUCUUUCGGAUUGGGAAAAGCGUUGUGGUGGAUGUGAUGUCGGCAAGCUCAAGGAUUAUUUGAAGACGAUUGGCAGGAAUGACAUUCCACGAGACCUGUAUGAUUAUUAUGAAAGCCAAGGUAAAGAGAUCGUUGAACCCAGGCACAGUGCGCCGAAAAUAUUGGAUGUGGGCCAAGAUAUUGUGAUUAAAGGAAAAAUAUAUCCCGAUGGAAAGGUGUCCCUGGAUCCUAAUGUGACUUGGGUUGGUCAAGACAAUGGGCAUACAUGUAGACACCAAGGAGCCUGUCCAGUCGAUGGUCAUUCGGACGUCCGACGGAAAGAACUCCGCUCAUUGGAUCCGUCGCAACAAAGGGACCUAUCAACCCAAGAACGUUGGAGUAGUCCUGGUCUUGGCAGAGAGAGUUCCAAGUCCAGUGUGGUCAUAGAACAAGACUUUCAUGUAUUGACCAAGAGAUAUUCGGAUCCGUUGCAACGGAAAGAACCUUCCUCGCAGCCUAGCUGGAACAGUCGUGGCAGCGGUUCCUUGGACAGCGUCCAGAAGGCAGAGAGUCCCAUGAAUCUAAAGAAGAUUUACAGUGAGCAAAUAUCACAGAGUCCCAUCCCGAUAAAGUGUGCCCCCUCUGUUGCUCCCUCAAAAGUAACGAAAGAGGAAGAGAGGUUCCAACAGGGAGGGGACUACGGUGAUUUGCGUUCUGUGCCUCCUGCCAACAGCAUCGGUAAUGGACAUUUACCCAGACAUGUAGCUGCCGAAGGCCUUACAUGUACAUUAAAGCGGUAUAUGAUAGUGUCAUCGGUGAACGAGCAAGACAAACUAUGGUCAAGGAAGUUAUGUAAGAUACUAGAGAAGAAAGGGCAUCAAGCAUGGAUGCUGAACAGUUUGCUUCAAGAGGAAAUUCUUCCCAUCUUUUUCACUGUUGAUUACGUGUUGGUGAUUUACACAGACCACUAUAAGAGGGAAUUCCAACAGCGUGGAAAUACUAACUGGAAACUCUUUGAUGCAAUGCAAAGGGAAUUCAAAACGAAAGGGUCCAAUCGUCGCUUCAUUCCAGUGUACGAUGUGAACGCGAUCCAUCAGCUUCCCGACGCUCUGAUGAGCGGCCAGUCACAGGAGCGCGACUACAUUCUUCAACUUCUCAGCCGGAGUAAUAAGAAUCCAUCCAACAUGCAUUCCUCGGCUCCAUCUGAGGGAGGAGUGGGCGGGGCAGUGGGCGGGGCUGGUGUCGCACCAAUUAGGUGCAACCACCAGCACCUCUCCAAAUCCGAACCCGUCAUCCAACAAGAGUUCCACGCCCCGCAACCCCACCACAAACCGGCCAACCAAGAGAAGAAGGAAACUCAGUCCAAGUUCUUCAACAAGUUCAAAAGCAAGAAAGGAAAGUAGGUAUGUGAUUAUCCAUCAUGCAUUGGGCUCCUGAACUCUUUAUCAAAGCUGAGCAGUGGUUCUGUCAUGGAUAUUUUUUUGUCAAGCUUCUUUUUCUUGGGGUACGACACAAGUUUGGCCUAGCGAAGAGUGCGAGAUUUGGCUUUUCGCGUUGAGAGUCUCGAGGUCAUCGGCAGUGCGUGGCUUUGAUGAUCGGCAUGAUAGGAGGUCUGGACCAAAAUGUGUUGCUUCGUCUGAUUCUCCCUGCAGUCUCAAGUGGUUUCAUCAUGCCUACUCUAGCCCUAGUACUUGCUCGAGGACAUCGUCCUGUUCCAGUCCUGGGGCGAUUUUAACAGACAUGUCCAGAUGGGGCGUGGGAGCGUGGACCUACGUGUACACUGGAAAGACCGACACUCAAAUGACAUGUCAUCCAGGUUGCUAUAUGUUUUACAAAGUAUUUUUAUUAUUUGUUUCUGGUCUGCUGUGCCUGGGAGGUGAAAAGCGAACUGAAUCACCAUGACCCGCGGGUCUCUCCUCCCGAUUCUAACUGAUUGGGGGGAGUGCAGGUGGACCACUACACCAGGGUUUUUCUCUUCUCUUUAUAUACGAAUAGUGCAGUGGCUUCUUAACAUGCAGAGGUGGUGACUCUCCUCUACACGGGGCUUCUAUUCAACGUCCUAUGCAAGGGACAGGUUGUUUUCCUCUGUAACACAGCCUGCAUCAGUCGUUUGCCAGGGGUGGACUUGAACCUCCAACCUUUGGUUCGACAGGCAGACGCUUUACCAACAGUUUGUGUCCACAGCCCACUGGAAUGAGAGAAUCCAGCAGUCUUUACUUGUGAUCUGUUUGUACUUAAAGGGGAAUCCAGCCUUGGCCAUAAAGUGUUGUGUUGGGAAGGAGAAAAAUCAAUUAAACAGAAUGGUGAAAGUUUGAAAGAAAUCGGACAAGCAAUAAGAAAGUUAUAGCUGCUUUAAAAUUGAGAUCAUUUAUAGUAUGUAGAUUUCAAAUUGGCAACUGGGUAAGUAAAUUAUGACAAGAGGCAAGGACAACUUUCCCAUAGGCCAUGUACUUUAUUAUCAGGGAUUUGUGGUUUUCUCCUAAGUACCCAUUCCCCUGGGGCAGUAAUCUAAAUAUAACCCAGGUAGUAUAUUGUUUUAUGUCCUCAUGAAAGAAAAAUGUAAUUUGAAAUAAAACUUUUGGGAAAAAAUGACAUUUUAGCCAUAAUAUGUAUUGGAGUACAUGGAAGAGUAGUCCUUGCCUUACAUCACUAUGACAUCCCAUAUGCGGCCAAUUUGAAGUCUCCAUGGGUAUAGUGAUUACCAAUAUUUACAACUUUUAAAAAUUUAUAACUUUCUUGUUGUUUGUCCAAUAUUGUUCAAACUUUCACCUAUCAACUUGUCUGAUUUUCUUUUUCUUAUAAAAACAAGUUUUUAUUUGGGUUGGAUUCCCCUUUAAUAUCGAUUAUUAUGAUGUAUGUUUCGGCUUGCUUGUGUAAAGAAAGGAACUCUGAAAAAGCCUUGUCUGGGGCUCUGUUAAUAUACGAACGGUAGAGAUUAAUUGCAAACUUGAAAAGCCCAGUCUUAUUGCGUGUGUAUUGUGUUGAUCAGACUCAUUGUCGUCCAAUCAGAAUCAUUCUUGGAAUAUCGCAAUCGAUCACAAACCUCUAUUUAUACAGGCCUUGUCUUUGUAUUCAUUAAUGUUCACCUUUAUUGAGAUUUUCUUGGAUCUAGGUACAUGCCUUUACAGUCGAACAACAGUGUUAAAACAAGGAUUUUUUAAUCCAAGUAAUAUACAAAACCAGUAAUUGUAUCUUAGGUUUCCUGUAAUUUGUAUGUAUGUCAUGGAAAUUUUU